AUGUCCUCUAAACGUAUUACCAAAGAAUUAAGCGAUAUGGGAAGAGAUCCUCCAACCUCAUGUUCAGCUGGUCCGGUCGGUGACGAUCUUUAUCACUGGCAAGCGUCCAUUAUGGGCCCACCAGAUUCUCCUUAUGCCGGUGGUGUCUUUUUCCUAUCUAUUCAUUUCCCCACAGAUUAUCCAUUCAAACCCCCAAAGAUUUCAUUUACAACUAAGAUAUAUCACCCGAAUAUUAACGCUAAUGGUAAUAUCUGUCUAGAUAUCUUAAAAGAUCAAUGGUCUCCAGCAUUAACUCUUUCAAAAGUUUUACUAUCUAUUUGUUCAUUAUUGACAGAUGCUAAUCCAGAUGAUCCAUUGGUUCCUGAAAUCGCACAUAUCUAUAAGACUGAUAGACCUAAAUAUGAAGCUACAGCAAGAGAAUGGACAAAAAAAUAUGCAGUGUAA